CUGGAUUUUAUAAUAUCAGUCAGAUCCAAAAUUUAAACCUAAAGCCCAUUUCUACCAACUCCAGAAACCCUAAUAUACCUGUUUAUCUCUAUUCCUCCCUUUCUCAACGCAUAGUUCACACAUUCAGCCCUUCGAUUCAACACCAGCGAAUAAAAAUUGUGCGAAGAUGAGCAAAGGCACGGCGGCUGCGGCGGUGAAGGGCGGGAAGAAGAAGGGCGUUACCUUCGUUAUCGAUUGCUCGAAGCCGGUGGAGGAUAAGAUCAUGGAGAUCGCUUCGCUGGAGAAGUUUUUGCAGGAGAGAAUUAAGGUCGGUGGCAAAGCUGGUGCUCUCGGCGACUCCGUUACUGUCAGCCGCGACAAGAGCAAGAUCACCGUCACCGCCGAUUCCAAUUUCUCCAAAAGGUAUUUGAAGUAUUUGACUAAGAAAUACUUGAAGAAGCACAAUGUGAGGGAUUGGCUUCGCGUGAUUUCAUCCAACAAAGAAAGAAACGUGUACGAACUUCGCUACUUCAACAUUGCUGAGCAAGAGGGCGAGGAGGAAGAUUAAAUAUAGAGAGAUUAGUUCCAUGUUCCGUUUAUGCUUGGACGAAACCACUUUUUUGGAUCAAUUCGUGUUGUUUGUUCUGUCUUUAUUCUAAUAUUUCUGAGACUGCUGAUUAUUAGAUUGAAUUUUGAUGUGAUCA